UUUUAUUUUUUUUUGUUAUCUUCUAGUCAUGUUGCCAAAAUUCUAAUCUUUCCGUUUGUCCACAUCGAUAAGCUGCCACUCUGACGUUAACUGCACUGUUGGUUACUCACAUUUUUAGAUGUGGGGUUGAGAUGCUUCGGACUAAAUUUAUGUUUCACGGACAAGUCGACAAGCCAGACUACACAGAAACAGGGACCACGUGAAUUAGAGUUGUGCUUGUAAUGCUUUAUAGUCCAGGAAACCGCAUCCAGGGUUUCAACUGAGGACGGAUUGUCAUUAUGGGUUCUCUUGUAUCACAUCAGAUCUUGGAACGCACCAAAACCCUCAGCGAAAUGUGAGCACUUUAUAGACUUCAUAGCCUGUUGUGUCAAAGACGUAUUCGUAGGGAUUUGGUACAUUUUAACAAUUCUCUGCACUAGAACACAGGUAUAAUUCAGACGAAAUGAAGCUACACCACUGCAUUAAAACAUCCGUUUGAAACUUGAAAUCGAGAUGGACGGCUUCCACGUGAUUGAGAUAAAGAGAGACAUGCAGGACUGAAUUACGGUGGUGAUUUUUCUCUUCUCGUGCUCUAUAUUGUUAUUAUAUGUUUACAUUUUUAAGUAUUAAACAGCUGUUUGAGUCUGUUACGCAUUGUCUAUAGUUACUCUUUACAUGAAUAAAUAAAAAAAAAAAUCAUACCUUUUGGAAAAAAAAAACAUCUGAGUUGAUUAUUUUGCAUUUUGUUUGUCUGGUCGUGUGGUAGAUGCAACAAAGCUUGUUGUCAAAGGGAAGUUAGUAUAAUGACUGAACAAAAGGUUACUGUGUGCGUGUGCGUGUGCGUGUACGUGCUGAUUAUAAAUUUCUAGAGUGUGCUUGUGUGUGUCUAUUUUCCACCUGCGGUGUUCCCACACACACACAAUUAUGUUGCCAGUAAAAACAGGCACGCUCAGAGGUUUCAGUCAGUUAUUCAUCCACCAACAUCAUGAUUGGGAGAGUUGUUUUUCUGGGACUCCUGCUCAUCUGUGUGGCUGCAGAAGCUGAGGUGAACUCUGGACUCCUGAGGAAGCCGUCCUGUCCGGACACGGCCGAGAUCUUGGCGUGCCCUCUGAACCUCGCUCCUGUGUGCGGCAGCGAUGGAAACACAUACGCCAACGAGUGCACCCUGUGUGUCCAGAGACAAACAACCAGGGUGGACAUUUUGAUCGCCAAAGAGGAGAGAUGCUGACCUGUGCAGCCAGGGGAUGAUGUCAUCGCUAGAGUGACCAAUCGGGACCUGAUUGUCGACCCAACAUGGAACUGUGAAAUUACAUUUCCUAAAUGUGUGUGUCAUUGCAAUGAAUAAUAAAUGUCAACCAGCA